UGCCCCGCCCCGGGAGAACCCGAGCUGCGCUGAGACGAGGGGAGAAGAGGGGGCGAGAUGGCGUCGUGCGUGGGGAGCCGGACCCUGAGCAAGAACGACGUGAACUACCGCCUGCACUUCCGCAUGAUCAACGAGCAGCAGGUGGAGGACAUCACGCUUGAGUUCUUCUACCGGCCGCACACCAUCACCCUCCUCAGCUUCACCAUCCUCAGCCUCAUGGCCUUCGCCUUCACCAGGGAUGAUUCUGUACCAGAGGAUAAUAUUUGGAGGGGUAUCCUCUCUGUGAUUUUCUUCUUUCUAAUCAUCAGUGUUCUAGCUUUUCCUAAUGGACCCUUUACACGUCCUCAUCCUGCAAUAUGGAGGAUGGUUUUUGGUCUCAGUGUGCUCUAUUUUCUGUUCCUGGUGUUCGUGCUCUUCCUUAACUUUGAGCAGGUAAAAGCAGUGAUGUACUGGCUGGAUCCUAAUCUUCGAUAUGCCACAAGGGAAGCAGAUAUUAUGGAGUAUGCAGUGAACUGUCAUGUUAUCACCUGGGAAAGAAUCCUUAGCCACUUUGAUAUAUUUGCUUUUGGACAUUUCUGGGGCUGGGCUAUGAAGGCUUUGCUGAUCCGCAGCUAUGGGCUCUGCUGGACUAUCAGCAUCACCUGGGAGCUCACUGAGCUCUUCUUCAUGCACCUUCUGCCUAAUUUUGCUGAAUGCUGGUGGGAUCAAGUCAUUUUGGACAUCCUGCUUUGUAACGGGGGUGGCAUCUGGUUGGGCAUGGUAGUUUGUCGUUUCUUGGAGAUGAGGACCUAUCACUGGGCAAGCUUCAAGGACAUUCACACAACCACAGGGAAAAUCAAAAGAGCUGUACUGCAGUUCACCCCAGCCAGCUGGACCUAUGUCCGCUGGUUUGACCCAAAGUCAUCAUUUCAGAGAGUGGCUGGAAUCUAUCUUUUCAUGAUCAUUUGGCAGCUGACUGAGUUGAACACAUUCUUUUUGAAACAUAUCUUUGUGUUCCAAGCAAGCCACCCUUUAAGCUGGGGGAGAAUUCUCUUCAUAGGAAUCAUUACAGCACCCACUGUAAGGCAAUACUAUGCGUACCUCACAGAUACACAGUGCAAGAGGGUGGGAACUCAGUGCUGGGUGUUCGGGGCUAUUGCUUUCCUUGAAGCUAUUGUGUGUAUAAAGUUUGGACAAGAUCUUUUUUCCAAAACACAAAUACUUUAUGUUGUGUUUUGGCUUCUCUGUGUGGCCUUUACAACUUUCCUUUGUCUGUAUGGCAUGGUUUGGUACGCAGAGUACUACGGCCACCGAGAAAAGACCUUGUCAGAAAGUGAAGACAGUCCAUACAGUCCAGAUGCUUCCUGGCUUCAUUCUAAAUUCACCACAGCAGGUGCUGACAAUAGUCCACCAAAACAUUCAGUCAAUAGUGAAAGCCACUCAUCUAGAAGGAGGAAUCGGCACUCCAAAUCAAAACUAUCAAAUGGAGUUGGCAAGAAAUAAGAGUGGUCUCUAAAGACAUCUUACAGUGUGACCAGAGGUCAUGAAGAUCAGACCUGGCUCUGAAUUGCCAAAUGGAAGGUGGAUUUUUAAAUUAAAAAGUUUAAAAUAGGAUGAAGAAGAAUGGAAGAAAAGGAUGAUGAAGAUGGAGCCACCAGUGUAGUGCAGAUAAUUGCCUGCUGACACUUGCCAUUCACUGAUAUAAAUCUAGUUUCUUCAGCAUGUGGCACCAAAAGCUCAUGAAGGGUAUGCUGGAAAAAAGUGUGCUUUUGUCAUAGUAGGUACACCCUGUUUUGCGUUCAGAUAUUGCAAGUGCAUUUUUAAUAUCUUAGUUGAGGACUUAAACACAAAGGUUAGUAAACUGAUAAUGGUCACGGUUGGAUUUUUGUUUGUUUGUUUUGGUUUACUGUAUUUGUUGUUUUCUACAAGAGUAUGCAAUCCUUUGACUAAAAGCAACUCUGCCCUUCUUUCUGAGUCUCACAACAAAACUUCUCCAUACAACAGUUAGUAAAAGCAGUUACUUGUUCUAUACAACAGUUAGUACUGCUUGCUUUUGCUUAAAGGCUCUUUAGACCUGGUGUCAGGGUUUUACCAGCAAGGAAAAUGAGUCCAGAAGAUCAUGUGACAUUGAUCUUCUGACAGUUUUUUUGUUCUAUACUGUCCUGCUUCAUUGAUACAUGCUCAAUUUCUUUUGAAUUUUUAAAAUACAUAUAUACAAACCUGCUCCAUAGUAGAGGGACAUGCCUCCUGUCCUCAGAGACAGAUGUCCUGUUAUUUCAUUGUUUUUCCUCCUUUACUGCAAUGUGUUUUGCAUUUUCAGGUGUAAAUAUGUCAUUUUCUCAGCUGUGCCACAUUGUGUACAGUGGUCCUUCCCACUCCCUUCUAAUUUGCCUCCAUCUCAGCUGGAACCAGAAAUCCCAUUGUUUUCAGACUGAUACCAAAACUGCUUUGAAGGCUCAGAUGCCCUGCUGAGCUUGGUGAUAAGGCAGUCUUUCCCUGAAGCAGAGUUGCUUACCAUCUCCAUAAUUACACGUGAAGAUUUGCUGUAGUCUUUGGUGUCUGAGAGGCAGCAUGAUGUUACUGUGAUAUACCCCAUUGCUUUGGUAUUUCCUAUCAUGCAUCAGACACCCAGCAGCAAAGUUGUUUUUUCUUGCAGUUUUGGUUUUUUUUUUCUGAGGGCUGUGUGAGGUUUACUUUUUGUCUGGGUGUUGUUCUGUUGCCUUGUUUGUUUUUUUUUAAAUGUAUUAAUUCUGACAUCUGACAGUGGAUAAAUCUCCAGCAGUGAAUGUAAUUAUUAAGUCAAGAGGUAAACAAUCAUGAGCAAUCAGUUCCUGUAUUAAGUUAUCCAAAUGUUUUUGUGCCAAUUAAAUUUUAGGAUUCAAGGUGUUCAGAGGGGUAGAUAGCUUAAGUUGCUUAAUUUUUAUAAGAAAAUGAGAUUUCCUUUUUCUUUGAAUAAUAUUACUGUGAUUUGCCACAGGCUAAGUACUAAAAAAAAAAAGAUGCAGCAGAGAGUUUGUACAAGUGUAUGAUACUGUAAAUAGAAAAAAGUAUCCUCUGUAAUCCAUCAAUUCCUACGUGCCGUAGAUUAUCAAUGUUUUCAAUGCACUUACGUGUUGCUGCUGAACUCCUCAGAGGCCUUUCAUUUCCCACCCUGCUCUUCAAUCAAACAUAAGUGUACAACUUGGGAAGUAACACAGUAGAAGCUGCAAUAUCAUCAUUGCUACAGUGACAUUAACUGUUACAUGGGAAAAAUGUAAGGAAGAUUUUCGGGCUCUUCUACAACUACAUGGUUUUCAUUCAUGCUAUAAGAAUUCCACAUAUUGCCUUCCUGUUCGUAAUGUAUUACAUAUGGAUGAAUGUAUUUGUAGAUUUCUUUGGAUACUGAGACUUGUUACUUUUUUAUUUCCUUGGCUAAUAACUCAGUCUGUGUAAGACUGAAAAAUGGCAUUGUAAAUUUUCUAUUGAUUCAAUACCAAAGCAAGAGAUUUGAAGUCUAAUGGUUUAGAUAUUUUAAGUACUGUGGUUUUCAAAGGUGAGAGCCUGUUUUGUACUUGCAAGGUGUAUACACACCAACUAUGUAUACAAAGCUUACAUGUGUAAGCACAUGCUGAAGUACCAUAUUUACUUGCCUGUGGGGACAAACGCAUAUUUUGUAAAUGCAGACCUGGUGCUCACACUGCUGAACUGCACCCUAAAAAUAUUGGAAAGAUCAAUAUGAAGUGUCAUCUUGUUGGAAGCUGACUUCCGUAUACUGUUGUAACAGCUUGGCCUUGAAGAAAUGUUGUUUGACAACACCUUUAAAGAUAUUUCCAAUGAAGUCUUUUUACUUUAAUUUUUUUGUGUUUGAUUGGUUUUUUUUGGUUUCGUGGUUGUGGGAGUUUUUUGUUUCGGUUUUUUUUUUUUAGUUGGUUUGGUUUGGGGGUUUGUUGUUGUUUUGUUUUAUUUUUAUUUUAAAAGAGGGAUGGCUAGGGAGAGGUGAAACUUAAGUAAACUAUUCAAGUGCUGCUUGGAAAAUGUCACUUUGUCUCCUCUAUCAGCGGUUCUUGUCACAAGUCCUCCACUGACUGACAAAUGUAUUUUCAGCCCAUCAUUUUGGAUGUGAGCUUUGCACUGGAAGGCAUUAGAAAGGUGCUUUUGAUCACUGCUGUGAAAUUAGUGAUCUCAAUUUUAUCAGUUACUGUGCUGCUGCUGAAUUCUGUAUGUGUGUAACACCUGUAAUGACAAAUCACUGAGCUGUUUAGCAACAAGCAUCCAUGUAUGAGUUCUGCUGCUUAAACAGUAUUUUGUAGCAGUCAUGGAUGCACUGUCCUGUUUUCAACUACUUGUUCUGUCACAGCCACUCAUUCCUACUUUCCUGCUUCUGGCAUUCUUUCCUUUCUCUGUCCUCUAGUGAUCUCUCCUGCUGCUAUGGAGAGAUCUGAAUUGGCUCUCCAGAGGCUGACCAUCAGUAGUGUCAGUCAUUGAAGGGAGGCUAAUUCAAGGCAGGGUGGUGUAAGCAGAGGGUAGUGGCAAGAACUUUAAGUAGUGGAUUAAAUAAAAAUGGAAAGCUUUAAAGUGCAGGUGUACAGUGAACUAGAGCUAGCCUUGAGUACUGAAUUCCAGUAUUAAAGUUGCUGCGUGGAUCAUACACCGCAUCUAAUUAAAUGUUUGGAGUGUGAUUUCAACCAGUUCUUUUGUUACUCUGCUGUGAAGAUUAUCAUUUCAUGUUCCAGCUGUUAAAAUUUUAAUAUUUUUUACUUUGUUAUCGUAAGAGGAUACAGAUAUUGCCACAUAUUUAGUAGUUUUUGAAUAGAGUUGCUCUGUAUUGAUUGCAAAGUACUGUAUUUUGCAAUAAUUGAGUAAAUCAACCCAUGUCACCAA